AUGCUUACUAAGUCUAAUUCGGAAUUAGAAAAGUCAGUCAAUUACUGUUCGGAUAAAGUGGAUAGUUUUGAUAGUACACUUAAUAAAUUAUCUAAUUCUAUCAGUGAACAAGGAAAUAGAAUAUCUAAGACUGAAUCGAGAUGCUUAAACUUAGAAUUGGAAAUGGAAAAACUUCACUCAAAUAUUAAUUUUUUGGAACAAGAUAAACUCGUCAAUAAUAUCGAAAUAACCGGUAUUCCAAUGACAGACAAUGAAAACACCUUUGAGAUAAUAAAAAUCAUAUCUAACAAAUUAAAUAUCGAGCUUGAUGAUAAAAAGGUGAUUAAGGCCUAUAGAAUGACAUUAAAUAAAAAUAAGAUGAACUGCCCUAGUAUUAUCGUUAAUUUUGAUAAUACUAGCACUAAAUUGGAGUUAAUUAAAGCAAUAAAACUACGUGCUUUAAAUCAAAAUGGGCUUUUGGCUAAUGAAAUCCAUACAUCAUUUGCUAAGAAUAAUGUGUACAUAAAUGAUCAAUUAACAAAAGACAAUAAACACCUUUUCUGGUUGGCUAGAUUAGUUUCAAAAAAUUAUAACUAUCGUUUUUCAUGGGCAAAUCAUUCUGGUGUCUUCAUCAAACGUGACGAAGGAAGUAGAUUUAUAAAAAUCAUAUCUAUCAAUCAACUAAAAAAAUUGGACAAGGAGAAAAGCGUUACUCAACUUUGGUGA